GAAAAAGACGACAGAGGGAAGAUGGCUGCCACUGUGUUAGAUACACCUUUAGCCCUUUUUGUUUUUACUGUGGGAUAUUGAAAGAAAGCUGUCAUGGAGAAGCAAAGACGCCAACUGACUCCAGAGCAAGAUGCCCUGGAGUACAUAGUUGCCUGUAGAGACAAACCCUUCCUGGAGGAAAAGUUUAUCAACUCCUUUAAAGGGAAAGGAGUGUUUACCAGCAGAGCCAUUGAACCAUCUGCGUUUGUGGUUGAAUAUCAGGGGAACAUCUUCUCUCCAAAAUACACAACGCGUAAGAAGAAAUGUGGCGAUAAUCUGAACAAAUAUUUCUUUGAGUUUUCAUGGAAAGGAGCACAGUGGUGCGUUGAUGCCUCAAAGGAUGACGGGACCCUUGGACGGCUUGUGAAUGACGAUCACAUAAGUCCCAACUGUGAAAUGAAGAACAUUUUCUCUGAGGGAAAACCACACUUGUGCCUGUUUGCUGUAACAGAAAUAUCUCCAGGUGAGGAGAUAACUUACGACUAUGGGGACUCGUCUUACCCAUGGCGGUCAAUGGCGUCCUAUGAUGGAUCGAGUACUUCCUACUCAGGCAUUCACGCUACUACAUCAACACCAAGGAAUGAAAGGAAUGAGGACUCGUCAGCUUCAAGCUCGGACAAUUCCAGCUCUGAUGAUGAUGACUUUGAACUUCCUGACAGUCGAACAAGUCCUGGCAGUGACAGUUUUACCAAUAUGAACCACCAGCUGGAUUUCAUGGACAAUUCAGCUUUUGCAGAUCUAGACUCUUCUCAGGAGAUGAUGGGGACCUCUAUGCUGCAACCAGAUAAUGCUUCUUGCAGCCAGCAGGAAGACAACUCUGCUUUCAACCCUGAGGAACUCGACUGGAAUGGAGACUCCAAAUCCAGGAAGGCUAAACCAAAACCCAAAAGAUGUUCUAGUCCCAAUAAAAACUAUUGUUAUGUCUGCGGUAAAGGUCAUACUAAAAUUUCUCGCCAUCUCUUAAAGCAUGCUAAGGAAGUUCCUGAAAUCGCUGAAGCGAAGUCAUUACCGAAGACUUCCAAGAAACGAAAAGAGUUAUUUAGUGAAUUUCGUAACAGGGGAAAUUACCAACAUAACCAAGGGGUGUUAAAGGACAACAGUGGAGAGUUAAAACUGAAAAGACGACCUACCACCAGUGCGACCACUUCUAAAACCCAUGUGCACUGUAUUCAUUGUAAAUGCAUGUAUUUACGUAAUGCUUUGUGGAGGCACGUAUCCAGAUGUCCUUCUAGGACAACGCCGUACUCUACAAAGGACGGCAGGGCAAAAGUCUUAAUUGAAACUGCUCUUUCAGAGUCACCAUUCUCCAAAGAAAUUACACCUGAUGUGUGGAAGUUGCUCUCAACUAUGAAACUUGAUGAGAUCUCAUCUGCAGUUGUAAAUGAUUUUCUUCUUAUACAGCUGGCACAGAAUCUGAUCAAGAAGCAUGGAAAUAACCAGAAGAAAUAUGAAAAAAUAAGAAGCAGUCUGCGAGAAAUGGGAAGACUUUUGUUGGCAUUGUUCGAAAUGUCGAUAUUAAGCUUUGAGGAUGCUAUCAAACCAAAACAUUUUUACAAAGUUGUAGAGGCUGUCAAAGACCUCGCAGGUUUUGAUAAAAAGAUGCAGAGCUAUAACAUACAAAGUCUUCCUUUGAAAAUUGGACAGUCGCUGAAAAGAAUCUGCACCAUUGUCCUCACUGGAAGUAAUAGUAAUGAGCAGAUGUUGAAGGACGCAAAAGCAUUCUUGAAACUGUUUGAAAAUGAAUGGUGUGAACUUGUCGCCCAAACAGCCCGACCUUCGUUGGGUGGACGAAAAGGAAACAAUGCAUAUACCAUACCCUUCACACAAGAUGUGCAGAUGUUCUACAUGAACCUAGAAACAACAUCAGCUUCUGCCAGUGAAACCAUAGAAAAGUAUGAAAGCCCACAGGUUUACAAUGCACUUUGCAGAGUAACCCUCGCACAAGCAUCAGUCUUAAGCAAAUGUGCACCCGAGGUUUCAAAAAUGACACUGAAGACAUUCCAGGAAAGAGAUGACUCUACUCAAGGGUUGUCCAAACACUUCAUCAGGAUAAAUGUUCGGAGCAGGGGAGGCCAAAACAUUGCUGCCUUGUUGACCUCUGAAAUGGUCAGUGCAAUAAAUCUGCUUGUGAGCAAGAGAAAAGCAUGUGGCGUACACAAAGACAAUCCUUUCGUGUUUGCAAAGCCUGAUUCUUCUCCCACAAGCACCCACUCUGGAAAGAGCUGCAUGAAUUUCUUUUCAGGUCUGUGUGGUGCAAAGCACCCAUUACAUCUCACGUCGUUACAUCUUCAAAUGCACCUUGCAAGAAUCUUUCAGAUUCUCAACCUGGAGAGCGACGAGCUCAAUGACCUCUCUAAACUGUUGGGUCAGGACAUCCGGGCCGACAGGGACUAUUAUCGUUCGCCAGAGGCAGCCUUGGAACUUGCAAAAAUAGCAAAACUUCUUCUGGCAAUGGAAAAGGGUACUCUUGAAAGAUUCAAAGGAACAUCUCUGGACGAAAUUGAGAUUGGAGAUGAAUUGGAGUCAGAUACGGAGCAGGACAACUCUGAAAGUGAUGAUGGUGUAGAGUACUUUGAAGAAUCAGAUGUUUUCCUUCAGUGGAGGGAUGCUGCGGAACAACAAGGCCUGACUCCUGAGCAAGACGCCCUUGAGCACAUAAAGACAUGCGGAGACAAACCCUUCCUGGAGGAACGGCUUAUUGACCCCAUUAAAGGGAGGGGUGUGUUUACAAAUGAAUCCAUUGAACCAUCAACCUUUGUUGUUGAGUAUCGUGGGAACAUCUCCCGUCGCAAAGAAACCAGGAAAAAAAAGUGUGGUGACACUUUGAAAAACUAUUCAUUUGAUUUCUCAUGGAUCGGAAGAGACUGGCGCAUUACAGCCUUGAAUGAAGAUGGGACCCUCGGGAGACUCGUGAAUGACGAUCAUAUAAGUCCAAACUGUGAAAUGAAGAAAAUUGUCUAUGAGGGAAAACCACACCUGUGCCUGUUCACAGUGACAGCAAUAUCUCCAGGCGAGGAGAUAACUUACAAUUAUGGAGACUCCUCUUAUCCGUGGCGCCCAAGGGAAUCCAGUGAACAGAAUACACCACAAACGGAUCUAAAUGCUGAAGACUCUUCAUCUGAGGAUGCUGAGGAGUCAGCAGGAUCCUUCAGUUCUGCAGCAUCCUGCUGUGACGAAGAAUACGUGCCGUCUUCUGAAAAGCAGAGCUUUGAAGAACACGUUGAUGCCCCACGCACCAGGCAGCAGGACAACACUGAUUCAAGCUCUGAUGAAGAGCUCAAAGACCCCUCAUUCACCAAAAAAAAUUAUUGUUACGUUUGCGGUGCAGCUCAGACUAAAAUUUCUCGUCACCUUUUUACCCAUAGAAAUGAAGAGCCUAAUAUAGCUGCAGUGUUAAAACUACGCAGAAAUUCGAAACAACGAAAAGCUCUACUGAAUGAGUUACGUGACAGAGGAAAUAAAAAACACAAUCAAGAGGUUUUGAAGACUCGCUGUGGAGAACUUAAAGUGAAAAGGAGACCAAGCAUUCCCACCCCUACUCAAACCUAUGCAGCCUGUCUGUACUGUAAGAACAUAUUUGUUCGUGAGAAACUUAUGCGACAUAUGCCCAACUGUUCUGCAAAGACGUCCUCAGAUCCUCAGAUAGGUAAAAGGACACAAGUUUCAGCUGCUGCGGAGUCAACAGACCCCAAACAAAUCUCAUCAGCUGUGAGGAAGUUGUUAAAAACACUGAAGAGGGAUGACAUUUCAUAUGAAAUCUGGAAUAGUCCCUUACUACUGCAGUUGGCACAGGUUAUGUACCCCAGGAAGGAAACGACAGCAAAAACAUACAGUUGUGUCAAAUUGAGGCUGAGGCAAAUUGGACGACUCCUGUUAGCAUUGAAGAAAAAGUCGAUAUGUAGCUUGGAAGAUGCUACUAAACUGCAAAACUUCAGCAAAGUUGUUGAAGCAGUGAGAGAGCUCAGUGGCUUCAAUGAAGAAACCAUGUCCUGUGAAAAACCAACUCUCAUGAAUGAUUUAGGAAAUUCGCUUAAGAAAAUUGCUGACAUUAGCUUUGCCAGAGCUUGGAAAGAGAAUGCUGAUACAGAGAAGAUCCUUGAAGCACAGAAAUUCAUACAAUUGUGUGAGAAAGAAUGGAACUUUGUCCCACUGAAAUCAGGUGCAAACAAUAUACCAACAAUACCAUUCAUACAUGAUGUGCAGCUUUUCUAUCAGUGGAUACAGAAGACAGCAGCUUUGGCGGUUCAAAGUCUGACAAUGCAUGAAAGCUCUUCAGUCUACACUGCACUUAUGAGGGUGACAUCUGCAGAAGUGUCAGUCUUAAACAAAAAUAUGGCAGCAGUUUCAAAAGCAACGCUCAAGUCAUUCCUUGAACGGGACCAGACAGAGAUUCAUAAAGACGAUUCUGCUAGCCAGUCAGAGUUUGAAAAAAUGGUGUCCAACCACACCGUGAAGAUAAACGUUAAGACCAUUGGUGGCCAAAAAGUUACUGCUACAUUGACCCCUAAAUUGAUCACUGCACUAACCCUGCUUGAGAACAAGAGAGAGGCAUGUGGUGUACAUACAGAAAAUCCCUUCUUAUUCGCAAGACCGGAUGGCUCACAUAAAAGCUUCUACGAAGGACAUCGCCUCGCCACCAGUUUUGCAGCUCGCUGUGGUGCAAAGAACUCGUCAAACCUUCGCUUUGCACUUUUCCAUAAACAUAUUGCCAAAGUUUUCCAGAUUGUCAGCCUCACGAAUGACGAGCUUGGUCAGCUAGCCAAACUGUUGGGCCGCGACAUUCAGACUGACAGAGAGUACUAUCAGACGCCAGACGCAGCUGCUGACAUUGCAAAAAUCUCAGUGCUCCUGUCAGCAGUGGAGGAUGGAUCUCUUGAAAGAUAUGAAGGCAAAUCACUCAAGGAAAUUGACAUUCCAGAUGAAUUAGAGCUGGACAACUCCAAGAACAUUGAUGCUGAGGAGGACAAUGAAGAAUCAGAAAGUUCUCUUCUGCUGCGAAGUCUUCCAUUCACAAAAGACUCUUCUGAAACCAAAAAAAUUCCUUUCCAGAAGAAACGUAGACGAGCCCCGAAAAAGAGGCAGGACAGUGAUUCUUCUGAGAUGAGCGAUGUGGAAAAUGUCAUCCGAAAAUGUCAUCCUUCUCUGUGUUCAGAGAACACAGAGAAGGAUGACCAGUCACAGAAGAUGCCCGAGAGCUCUGCUGUCAUCACUCCUGAGAAGACCAUGUCUCCUACCAACGAGGAUGCUACACACAUGUCUUUCAGUGAUGGUGAUGAUGACAUGAAUGCGGACUUUGACAUGGACACAGAUGAAGACACUGUCAGAAAUGAGGAAAAUGAUGAAGAACGUGAAACGACGCCUUUGAUACCAGAUGUGACAGAGCAGGACAAUGACAGCAGUGAUAGUCAGAAGAACAAUUGUUCACUUAACAAUCGCGCAACGGAUGCAGAGCUUGAAGAGACAAUGGAAGGUGAUACAGCAAACAACAUGGAUGUGGAUAUCAGGAGUUCCCCUGACUUCAUAAAUGCAGAAAAGAAGAACAAAUUAUUAGCUGCAGUCGCUGGAAUGAAAGAAGUGAAGAUAUUAAUCCCCAAACUUGACAUUGAAAAGUUUCAGACUUCAGUCCACAUUUCCCAAUUACCCUCUGAUUGUAACUCCGUCAAAUCGCCAGUGAAAGAUCCGUCCAUCCAUGAGGAAAACAAGCAAACAAACUCUACAUCCAAAAACGUCAGAGACAAGCCGAGCUUUGCAAAGGCGACGCAGAUGAACUGCUCCCACUGCAAGAAAAGCAUGAUGAAGGGCCAAACAGCUUACCAGAAGAAGGGAUUCGCAGAUGUCUUCUGCUCCAAAAACUGCCUUUUUGAAAUAUUCCCAAACAACAAACCAGACACCAAGUCCUGUCACCACUGCCUCAAGGCGAUAUCAAAGCCUCUGGACCUCAUCAUGGCUGCAGUGGACACUAAAGGAACUAUAAAGGACUUCUGCAGUCCCACCUGCCUCAUUUCCUUUAAGUCCAACCCUGUAUGCACCCAAACACCACAGCAGCUCUGCAGCAUGUGCAACAAAUCCUGCACUAUCACCUGCAAGUUAACCCUGAAUGAAGAUGUCCACACGUUCUGCAGCAACUCCUGCCUGGAGGGUUUCCUCGGGGAGAUUAAGGCCGUCUGUGAGAUCUGCAGCUCCACCUGCCGCAACAGACCUCUGAAGCUGGAGGUGGAUAAGGAGACCAAGACCAUCUGCAGUGAGAACUGUCUGCGCCAGUUCAUAGAGAAAAUCAACACACCCCACCAAUGCAUCUUGUGCCACACCCCUCACCCGAUGUCCGAAAUGAUUGAUUACAAAAACAAGGAGAACAUGGUGAAGCUCUUCUGCUCCAGCCAAUGUGUGGCGUCGUACAAGCUGUGGCCUGGAAAUGAAAACAAGCUUCAAGAAAAGAAAAACUGUCGUCAGAGGAAGAAGAAAAGCGACAAGCAGUCAGAACAAAAUACUGAAGAGGGAAAGAUCAGUGAGCCCUCCACUGCAAACGAAAAUGAUGCAUCUGCAGAGGUCAUAACUACACUCCUCUUUGAAUGUUCAUCGGUUGCUUGUUGCAACUGUGGAAAGACACUGCAGCGGGGAGAGACGCUUUACAAGCCAAAGAGCUCCAAGGAGAGUUUUUGCUCACCAGAAUGCCUCGCCAAAAAGCAUCCCCACAUGACAGUUGUCACCAAAACGUGCUACAACUGCUUCCAGGUGAUCCUGCGGCCUCGCAAAAUGAUUCGUUGUCCAGUGGAUGAUUCAGGAACUCUGAGGGACUUGUGCAGCGACGCCUGCCUCGCUUCUGUCAACUCCAAGCGGAAGUUGGCGGCCCCCAAACGUCCUCCUCUCUCAGAGUGCAAGAUGUGCUUCCAAAAAGUCUAUAGCAAAUUCAAGCUGACGGUGGAUGGCAAGAUCGGCAGAAUUUGCAGCGACGCCUGCCUCAUCAACUACCAAAAAGUAAACAACCUGCAACUGUACACCUGUGGUGUCUGCAGCUCCAUCAGCACCGACAAACAGUUCCUGCUGAAGGAGAAGGACGGCAGUAAGAGCAUCUGCAGUGAGGAAUGUCUGGUCGAGUUCAAACAGAAAAUUGAAACGCCUGAGCUUUGCCCCAUGUGCCGGACGUCCCAUCAGUUAUCGGACAUGGUGGAUAAUAAAAACGACGAGGGCUGGUUGGACUUCUUCUGUAGCAACAGAUGUAUGAUGGUACACAGAUCUCAGUCUUCAAAUGGCUCAGGAAGGAACUGCCCAUCUCCAGAAGAUUAUGACAUCAAAGAAGUGAAGCCAUCACUUGAAGAUAAAGAAAUGAAAGAAGUGAAGAUUUUGCAAGAAGAGAUAGAAAUUACAGAAGUGAAGCCAUCGCUACAAAAUUUGGAUUUUAUCAAAGAAGAGCCCAAUGAUGAACAAGAGUACAGCCAGAAUCUCCCAUCAGCCAUUUCCACUCAAGGCAUCAAGUAUGAGCCUAAGGCCGGAGAUGAUGUUGCUAUGGAGGACUUGAAGAUUGGAUCAGUCUUCUCUUUAACAGAAGACUCUUCUACGUCUGCAGCGCCUACUCUAGCCCACAUGAAUCUGCCUGCGUCUUGCUUCAACUGCAAACAGCCCCUGAUGGACGGAGAGACGGUUUUCCAGAGGCAAAGCCACGCUGAAAUCUUCUGCUCCACUCCCUGCCUUUGGACAUUUUACCAAGUUAAGAAGACCUGCCACUUCUGCCUCCAGGGGAUUACACAGCCUCAGGACGUCCUCCAGGCUGCGGUGCAUAACGAGGGGACGAUUAUGGAUUUCUGCAGCAAGACCUGCCUGUCCUCCUUCAACUACAAGAGAAUUGUGUCGACCAAAAUUUCCCUCGAGCCGGUCCCAUCUCAGUCACAAUGCAGCGUGUGCACCAGAUACUGCAUUAGCAAACAUGAGAUCAUAAAGCAGGACGUCGUCCACAAGAUCUGCAGCGAGCCCUGCUUUCUCCGCUUCUGCAACAUCAACAAAUUGUCAAUCUGUGAGAACUGUCACUCCCGCUGCGACAAAUCAGUCAUGCUCAAGACGGAGGGCGGCAGCAUCAAACUCUGCAGUGCCGAGUGUCUGACCCAAUUCAAGCAGAAAAAUAAGACUAUGCAGCCGUGUGCCAUGUGCCGCUCCUCCCAUUUAAUGUCCGAAAUGCUGGAAAACCAAUUCAGCGAGGACCUGGUGGAGCUCUUCUGUAACUACAGUUGUGUGAUGGCAGCCAAGAUCCAGGCAGUGAACGCAGGAGGUAAUCCACAGAAUUGUGACCUGUGUGGUAAGAAGACAUUACCAGCCUGCCACCUCGCCAUGUCAGAUGCCUCCAUCAGGAACUUCUGCUCUCUCACCUGUGCCAUGACUUUUAAGGAGUCCCAUAAAGACACGACUGCCCCUACCUCAACAACAGGAGCCGCAGAUCAAACCCAAGGCGACUUCCUCAAAGCACCAGAGACACUGCCCUGUGCCCAGUGUCGUCGCAAGAUUAAAAGUGCACCCACUGUCAUCGAGAAAAAGGGGAAAAUAUGUUUUUUGUGUAGCCUGACGUGCUCUCAAGAGUUUAAGAGCAUCAACAACAUCACGGGAAAGUGUGAAUAUUGUAAGAACGAAAGCAUCAUCGACGACGUCAAGAAGGUCAACGGCAAAGACUGCUACUUCUGCAGCGAUGGCUGCAGGGUGUUCUUUGGACAGGAGCUGGGAAAGAAGUGGGGCAAACACUGUGGCUCGUGUGCGCACUGCUCCUCCAUCUCUAAGGCGGUGGUGACGGCAACGUUUGAAGGAACUGACAAAGAGUUCUGCUCUGAAAACUGCAGCUCACAGUACAAUUUGCUCUGCUGCCAUGUCGCCAAAUGUGACACCUGCGGUCGUGACGGUGAACUGAGGCAGAGUCUCCCCCUGCUGGGAGAGAUCAAACACUUCUGUGACCUGAGAUGUCUCCUACAUUUCUGCAAUAAAAAGGUCCAGAUGGGCAGCACAGUCUCUUCGCCUCCUCGAUCUUCAGGCACAGUGGAAUCCUCCCCCGUCAUCGCUAACGUUGUGUCGCUCGCUAGUGCUUUGGCUAACCAUCUCCGUGCCUCUAAAAGCUCUGCACAGCAAGUGCCGGUCUCUGACAUUCAGACAAAGGUGGUUGGUCAUGCCAGUGUUCAAACCUCCCCCAAGCAGCUGAAGAAUAAGUCCAUGCUCUGCACACCGCUGGUCCACAACAAAGGAGUCUCCUGCACGACGCAGACUGUCAACACAGAGACACAGACAGACAAGUCUUUCCCCAAAGUCAUAGUCCUGCCUGUCCCAGUGCCAGUGUACGUUCCUCUGCCAAUGAGCAUGUACAGCCAGUACACACCGAGGCCGGUGGGCCUGCCCAUACUGCUGCCUGUGCCCGUGUUUCUACCAAAUCCAACCGGGAAAUCCAUGAAGGACCUGCAGAGAGAGCUCAGCUUCACGUCUGAUCUGAAGAAAGCACAGGAUGAGAGGAAGGAGAGAGAAGACACACUGGUAACAAAAGAGGGACAAAGACGAGAAAAUCGUGCUCCAAAGGACCACAGCAGUAAGUGUAGCGAUGACUUGGACUCAGAUCAUCAGGCCACUUUUACCAACGAGGAAGACUCCUCCUCUGGCAGCAGCUCUGGAUCGCUCUGUCGACCAAACAACAGCGAAAAACCUUCUCCGGUUUUAGAGCUGUGCCAGGCCAAUGAGCCCCCCCCUCCUCCUCUGGAGCUGAGAGGGGAUUCCCAGAGCUCACUGAGUCCUGCACCAGUCUCUCUGCUAUCACAACAGACUGUGGGGACAGUCCACAACAAGGACAAGGGUCAUAAACCGCAACAGCCUUCCAACGUGGCUGAAGCGGAGAGUUCCCAAAGAGAGGAGGUCAGUACGAGGAAGCGCCACAAACUGAACAGUCAACGUGGGAUCGACGCCUGGAAGAGAUGGAUACAGUGGAGGGAAUCUCAAACUGACCUGGACCUGGUUUCCUCCUGUGCCGUGACGUUUAACAAAGAUAUUCUCCGCUGCUCCGCGGCAGAGCUGAACGACAGCCUGUGUCGUUUCAUCACUGAGGUGAAACGUCCUGACGGAGAGCCGUACCCCCCCGACGGCCUCUUCUACCUCUGCCUCAGCAUCCAACAGUACCUGUUUGAGAACGCCCGUAUGGAGAACAUAUUCAGUGAUCUGACCUACAGCAAGUUCUCCACCAUGUUCACCCAGAUCCUGAAGAGUUUCAGACCCUCAGUCUCAGCCAGCGGUUAUAUCCAUUCCCGUGUGGAGGAGGAGUUUCUCUGGGAAUGUAAACAGCUGGGGACGUACUCCCCCAUCGUCCUCCUCAACACUCUGCUCUUCUUCUGCUGCAAGUACUUUGGCUUCACUACGGUGGAGCAGCACCGCCAGCUGUCCUUCGCCCACGUCAUGCGCUGCACCAAAACCAACCAUGACAACAGCAAGAACACCUUCCUGCGCUUCUACCCCCCAAACGAGGCAGAGUCAGAUUCAUACGGCGUCCCAGCUAAGAAGCGCAAGAGAACUGAGAGUAAAGAGGACAUCGUGGAGAUGAUGGAGAACACGGAGAACCCUCUCCGCUGUCCAGUCAGACUCUACCAGUUCUACCUCUCCAAGUGCUCAGAGUCGGUGAGGCAGCGCAGCGACUUGUUCUACCUCCACCCGGAUCAGUGUUGUGUUCCCAACAGCCCCCUGUGGUUCUCCUCCGCGCCUCUGGACGACAGCACCAUGGAGGCCAUGCUCGCACGAAUCCUCGCCGUCAGAGAGCUGCAGAGGGACGACAGACGAGGUACGGAGCAGCAGGCGUCAGAUUACACCAUGUUUGAGUCUGACGAGGAGGAUUCACGCUGAUGGACACAAUGUAAAGUGAUUAUUUCAAACUCUCUGCAUCACGAAUUCAGAUGAAUCAAACAUUACAAGCCUUUUUUUUCAAAUCAUUUAAAAGUUUGGAUUGUUGCUAACAGGGUGAUUAAAUAAAGACUUGGACCGUGGCUUAGUUUAAACUAAUAGUCACUGGUGCAGUUAUGAGUCCUAAAACCCUGAAAGCAUUUCACCACUCCGGCUCUCUCGUAUUGAAGACAGCGGUUUCCUGAACAUGUUUGUGGCAGAAAUAUGUCAGGCCUACAAUAAUACGUCUUCUUCUUGGCUGACUGGGAAACAAAAUCCAAUCUCCCUUCUCUUCAGCAGCAUUCUGGGAAAAUGUAACAGUUCUGUAAGGAGUUUGUUUUCUAAAAACUUUGAGUGGCAUAAAAUCUCAGCGCCUUGCAGAGCGGAGCUGCUGUGGGUUCAGAUCUUCUGCGAACGCUCCUCUUGUCAUUACUCGCUCCACACCAUCGCCAUCGCCUACCACCCUCUGAACCAUGUUCACAUGUUUUUGAUAUCUUUAAGAGAAAAGAAAAGUCUACGUUACCUGCUGAUUUAUGCUGUUUGUUAAGUCUUUGCUUUUUAAAUCUUCCUUGAGUCAUUUGAAUGUUGAUGCCAUUAAGCUGUGACUCAAGAUUUUAUUUUUUGGUAUCAAUAAAUAAAAGUUGAAAGUA